UGCAGAAGCUGACAAGUGUAGGAGUUGUCGUCGCUGGAACGCAGAGUGCACGCCGGCGCACACAAGACAGAAAGGUCCGCCUCCUCGCCCACCUCCCUACUUCUCCGAUAGUCCGAUGGCCCAUCUCCCCGCUUCUCCGGCGGCCGCCGCCGGCUACCGCGUCUCGCCUUCGCCUCGGUCUUCCCCUUCUCUUCCGCAGAGGAAGGCCGUGCCGUCGUCGUGCCGAGCCGCGGGUUCCUCUUCGUGGUCGUGGAGGGCCGCCACGAGCUCCAACCGGACCGCAGAGGCCGGGACCAUUGUCAAUCCAAAUGAUGUCCCUAUCUUGUCUUUCUCUGAGGUUGCUGAAAGGCUUGAUACAUUCCAAGCCUCUGAUGCUAGGAAUCAAAAUUACAUGGCCAUGUACUCUAGUAUUUUUGGUGGAAUCACAACAGAUCCUUCCGCAAUGGUGAUACCAAUCGAUGAUCACAUGGUUCAUAGAGGUCACGGGGUUUUUGAUACCGCGGCUAUUAUGGAUGGUCACCUCUAUGAGCUAGAACAGCACCUUGACCGCUUCCUGAGGUCUGCAUUGAUGGCUAAAAUUGCAUUACCUUUUGAUCGCUCAACAAUUAGAAGCAUACUUAUUCAAACUGUGAGCGCAUCAAAAUGUACUCAAGGAUCACUCAGGUACUGGUUGUCUGUUGGACCUGGAGAUUUCCAGUUGUCUUCAUCUGGCUGUGCAAACUCAGCACUCUAUGCUAUUGUUAUUGAAAGUCCAUCCCUACAAGUACCAGCAGGCUGCAAAGUGGUAACAUCAUCUAUACCAAUAAAGUCUCCGCAGUUUGCAGUCAUGAAAAGUGUGAACUACCUGCCAAAUGUGCUCAUGAAAGUUGAAGGUGAAGAAAAUGGUGCUUUUACUGGCAUCUGGUUGGACGAUGAGGGUUUUGUCGCUGAGGGUUCCAACAUGAAUGUUGGUUUCGUGACAAAGAGCAAGGAGCUUCUCAUGCCCCGUUUCGAUAAGAUCCUGAGUGGGUGCACAGUGAAACGGGUUAUGACCCUUGCUGAGCAGCUAGUGGCAGAUGGAAGGCUCAGUGGGAUAAUAUCCAGGAAUGUGAGUGUUCAGGAAGGGAAGGUGGCCAAUGAAAUGAUGCUUAUUGGGAGCGGCAUUAUUGUCAAAUCUGUUGUUCAGUGGGAUGAUCAGAUAAUUGGCUCUGGCAAAGAAGGUCCAAUUGCGCGAGCGCUUUAUGACCUCAUUCUUGAGGACAUGAGAUCUGGUCCGCCUUCUGUCCGAAUCCCCGUCCCGUAUUGAAACUGCUUGAGCUUUACAGAUAAUUAUAUAGCUGUAAGGAAAUAGUGAUCCAUUAUAAGAGUUGUGAAUCCGGUCAUCUAAAAUCUAUUUAAAUACAUUUUCAGUGGAGUA